AUGUCUCAUCAGGCGGCCUCGUUACGCGGGAAUGGCGCGAAAAUGUCGUUCCGCGGCAGGAAUGGUGGGAAAAAUGGCGCCAUAGAAAAUGCGCGCACGGCCCGCUGCACGCGAAAGGAGCGUAGCGCGCGGCCGUCCCUUUCCAACGCCGGCGUUCGCCAUUCUCGCGUCCCUCUCUCGCGGUCGGAUAGUUUUAAG